AUGUCGGACGUUCACGCCACUCCGAUGGCCUGGCAGUACGUUUGUUGUUCACUGCCAAUCUUAAUACCGAUGUCAGUUUACGUGCUUAAGAAGUGUUUCAACAACAGAUAUCGCACACUUAACUCAAAGGUUGUACUUAUUACAGGUGCCAGUUCUGGAUUAGGUGAGACAUUAGCGCAUGAGUUUUAUUCCCAUGGCUGUGCACUAAUUUUAACAGGACGUAGCAACAACGAAUUAGAACGAGUCAAAAAUGAUUUAUUAAGCCGAAGUGAUAUUAAGAAUGUAAACAAACCAUGUAUUCUCGUCUUGGAUCUUAUUGACCAAUCAACAAUAGAAGUAGUUAGUCAAAAAGUUUUAGGAGUUUUUGGCCGCGUAGAUAUUCUCAUCAACAAUGCAGGCAUCAGCUAUAGAGGUAGAGCCGAGGCAACAAUGGCUGAAGUAGAUUAUAAAGUGAUGUUGGUAAACUAUUUUGGCCAAGUCGCUUUAACUAAAGCCAUAUUGCCUAGCAUGAUUCACCACAAAAGUGGACAUAUAAUAGCAAUUAGUAGUGUUCAAGGAAAAAUUGCUGUUCCAUUUAGAUCAGCUUAUACAGCAUCUAAACAUGCAUUACAAGCAUUUUUUGAUACUCUCAGAGCGGAAAUAUCACAUCAUAAGGUAAAAGUAACAGUUGUAAGCCCGGGGUACAUCCAAACAAAUUUGUCGUUGAAUGCAUUAACUGGAUCUGGAUCAAAAUAUGGUGUCAUGGAUGAAUCUACUAUGUCUGGAUACUCGGCUGAAUAUGUUGCUCAACGAAUAGUGGAUGCUGUUGUUAAUGAUGAACAAGAAGUCAUCAUUGCUCCGUUUUAUGCUCGCUUAGCAAUCGGUCUACGUUAUGUAUGGCCACGAUUUUAUUUUUGGAUUAUGAAAUGUAGGGCUGACCGGCAAGCUAGUCAGAAAAUGUAG